AUGAUUGACUAUCAACAAGAUUAUACGUUGAAACAGAUAGUUGAGGAUAAGAAAAUCAAACAGACUAAAUUGAAAGAGUUUCAUUUGGUGUUUGAUGAUAUUGACACAUUUGUUGAGGUUUCAGAUAUUCCAAAUCCAGCAAGUUAUAAACAUAUGCCAACUUUGGUUGCAAAUGAUGGUACAACAUUCAGAUUUAAAGAGGAAGCAAAUGACGAAUCUACAUUAAUGUUAUCUUCAAGUUCCAGUAUAGAAUCUUCUGAUAAAUCAAUUCUCUCUGAAACUGAUAACAACAUUUCAACAUUACAAACAACACAACCGGAAUAUAUUUUAUCGUCAUCACAAUCUAUUUUAAGAUCUGAUGACUUCUAA